GGGCAGCGGAUAUAAAUGCUACUGGAGGCUGAAGGGCGCAGAACAGAUAAGUCCCACACAGCAACUCGGUACAGACGUUAGCAGACACCAUGAGGACUCUCUUUCUGCUCACUCUGCUGGCCCUGGCUGCAUUCUGUCUUUCCGACUUAACAGAUGCAAAGCCCAGCGGCCCUGAGUCUGACAAAGCUUUCAUGUCCAAGCAGGAGGACAGUAAGGUAGUGAAUAGACUCCGGCGCUUCCUUGGAGGCCCAGCCCCCGGCGUAGAUCCCCUGGAGCCCAGCAGGGAGGUGUGUGAGCUCAUCCCUACGUGUGAUGAGCUAUCGGAACAAGUUGGCCUCCAGGAAGCCUACAAGCGAUCUUUCGGUGUCACUAUUUAGCACGUGUGUUGCCCUAAAGCCAAGUGGCAGCCUCAACUUUGGCUACCCUCCCUGUUCCUUUUCUCUGCCCUGCAAGUAUGGAUGGCACAGCUGUUCCAAAAUAAAGUCCAGAUGAAGAACCA